AUGAUUAAAAGCGGACGUGGAAAACAAAAUGGGAAGAACGCAGCUCGGUACCUUAUCCUCGUGUUAACCUACGUGCUUAUAUCGGUGCUGUUGUCAUUAUACUUCCUGGUCAGGAGGGCAAAGGAGGAGCUGCAAAAGUGUCGACCGAUAAACUGGCACCUGUGCCGACUCAAAACACUUAUUAAGAAAGGGAUCAACAGAAUCUACACCUCAUGCAAGUGGUCCGAUCGGAAGAUACACUGUACCGGUGAACAUAUUCUCCAAAGAGUCGCCAACUUUUUUAAGCGACGAAGAUCUACCACAUCCCAUCCAAAAGAACGAACUGUGAAAACGCCAAAGCAUGUUUAUAUUGUUUUAAAAAAGAGAGACGUUAUUAUACUACAGCGGGAGAAAAAACUUUCGACCUACCUCGUGAACAUUGCUGUGUGCCUGUAUGAGCACAAAGUGGCACAUGUCAGUAUCUAUGUGGCUGAGUGCCUUUUCGAUUCUGUCUUUUUCGAUGAGUUGGCGGGUGGGCUGCAGAGGUGCGGGUUCUUGAUGAGCCCCUCCGAAGGGGGGGUUCGCGCUAUUGGCUGUAUUGGCGGUGAUGGCGAUAAUAGCAGUAAUAGCCGUGGUGGCGAUGACGUGGCUGACCGGCGCAACGGCGCUAACCUUUUCAACGGGGGUGUGCACCAAUUCACCGUCGCGAGGUGUGGCCCCCCACAAACACCCCCCACGCUGCAUCUAAAGUUCGUGAACAAAUCGGACGCACACAACAAGCUCAUCGACGCAGCGGAAGGAAGAAACAUCACUUCAGAAGGGCAGGUAGUAACAGAUGCAGUGCGUCAUCCCAUGUACAAUAAAACGGUGGAAGAAUUAAUAAAAAAAAUUGUCGAUUUUGACAAAAAAAGGUUAUUCGAAGAAAAGGGGAAAACAUUCCAGUGGGUAUGCUACGUUUUUUUUGUUUUCUUCACCCAAGUGAAAGAAAUAAGCGUGAUGCAGUUAAAACGAGUCCUUCCUUCCUUGUGCAAGAAGGUGAAAUGUGUCGUCACGCAAAUUAGAAAACGUGUCACUUGUUUCGUUACACAGUUGGGGGGGUUAUACUCCCCAGUGGGCGAAAGCGAAAGCAACCUUUCGGCAAACACCCCAACACAGAAGACGAGAACGAAAUUUUCAAUUCUUAAUUCUACCCUGGAAGAAGUAAAGAGGGAUGACUUCCCUGGCAGCCAAGAGCAACCCGAAGGAGAUACAGAAACGGCACUUUCGCUUAUGAAUCAUUUUCUCACAAACUCUGCUGUGAAGGAUCAGCAAUCAAUAAAUACCAUAAAGCAGUUAAUAGAGAAGAGCAUCCCUUUGUAUGUCCAACCAAUAUGCAAUGACAUUUUCGAAGCUUCUUUUAACGACACACAAGUCGACGUGGUUCUAUCCUUAAGAAUAGGACUCACUGAUUAUUUGGCUUAUACACUUACACGAUAUCAGAAUGGGGAGUCCGUACAGAAAGAAAAUCUCCUGCACUUUUUAAAGGAUUAUUUGAGUUCCCUUUUUUUUUUGUAUGAUGUUAUUCACCCUUUUAACAAGGACGGUAUUCAACCUUGGGUUUUGUCCAACGCGGAGGUCUACGAAUUUUUUGAUUACAGCGAUGCGUCUGUGAGGCAGGCGCUGGCUUACUACGGCCGUUCCCUGCAGAGGCACGGCUUCUGA